CAAGCGCCUCUACGUCAUAGAAAAUUUUGUAAAAUAAAUUAUGAGAUAAAUAGAUACAGAAACGGAAUCUUGUUUAGUCGAAUGGAUUUCGCAAGGCAAGGAAAAGCUGUGACGUCAAAAGAGCCAAGGAACAAAGAGGCAACCAUUCUAGAUGAGCGUCAGUUGGAUUGUAUUGGCCAAAAUCAAUCGCAAUGUUGGUCUACCAACGGAACUCGGAGAUAAUUCUAUUGUCGUUAUAGAGGCGCAGCUUGGUGGUGCAUCCGCACCAGCGGAAUCGAACCGAAAGAUGAUCAAACUGCGACCAUAUGUGCCCUCCAAGCGAAUUGCCAUACGGGACUCCUCCAUCGAUGAGGAUGCCAGCGACGAUGUCGAGGACGAGGUGUUCAUCAAAGAUGCCAGGUCAGCGAAGCGCAGCGAGGAGCAGGGUCUGAAGCGGCCCCUGAUGGCGCCGCGUCGCAAGCACAGUCCUGGGGCCGGCGCCGGAUCGGGAUCGGGGUCGGCUCCCAUUAUGAAGCAGCACAGGAGGAGGCGCUGCUGCCGCUGCUGCGAGCCCUUCUGCUACGCCCUGGCCGCCCUGACGGUCCUUUGCGCCCUGCUCAGCCUGGCGGCCCUCAUGCUGACGCUCUUCCCGCUGCCCCUGCAGCGCAUCCGCCACUGGUGGCGCCCCGAUCCCGCUCAGCUGGUGGGCCUCUCCGCUGGCGGCUCCUCGCGCAUUGCCUACGGCAGCUCCCUGGGCAGCGAGUUCGUGCCCUGCACCCAAAUCAGCGUCCAGAAGCGCUGGAGCCGCAGCUUGGCCCGGAUGAACAGCGAGAGUCCCGUUCGAGCGGCCGAUCUCAAUGGCGACGGCAUCCAGGACGUGGUCUUCGGUUAUGGCGUCGACGACAACAUCCACUACGAGGGCAUUCCCCUGCCGCGCUGCCAGUCCGCCCAACAGGGCGAGGAGGUGCCCUGCGAGGGCGGAGUGGUGGCCCUCAACGGCAUUGAUGGAUCCAUCCUGUGGCAGUCGUGGAGCGUGGCCAAUGUCUUCUCGCUGCACUGCAGCGCGGAUGUGGACGGUGAUGGAGGAACAGACUGUGUGGCCGCUGGCAGACUGGGGAUGAUCUACGCCAUAAAUGGCCGCACUGGCUCCGUAAUCUGGCGCUUCCGGGAACUAGAAGUGGAGACUAACUCACCCAUCGUGAUGGACCUGUACACGAUCAAUGUGCUCCGCGAUCUGGACGGAGAUUCGGUGCCGGAGAUAAUAGCCGCCCAUCUGGAGGAGCGCGAGGAGUCCAAGGCGGGGCACAUAAAGCUGAUCUCGGGGAAGACGGGCAAGGUGAUCCGGAGUAUUCCGACGCCGUACCGCGAGGAGAUGUUCGUGCCGAUCCAGCUGCUCACGCAAGCGGAUGGAACGGAGCUCCUGCUCAUCGUCACCGGGGGUCAGAACACACCGGGUGGCGUUUACUCCCUGCGACUGCACUCUCUGAUGGCGCACACCAGCGAGAAGCACUUCACGCCGCUCCACCGACAGCAGGGAUCGGGGAUCAUGGUGCCAGCCGUACUCACCGACCUCAAUGGCGAUGGCAUCUCGGAUGUGGUGGUGGCCGCCUUCAACCGGAGCGUCCUCGCCUUCGACGGAGCCAACUACUCGAUGGUGUGGAACUACACCUUCCCGGCCAGCGAGUGCGUCAGUGCCAUUGUGCCCGGGCUCUUCGACCACGACAAUGUCACGGACUUCAUGGUGAAGUACAACACGGGACCGGGCUUCCCGGUGUACUACUACUCGCAGACCACCAUCCUGAGUGGCAGAACCGGACAGCCCCUGCUGAACGCCAUGAUGACGGAUGCGGGUGGGGCGAAUAGCCUGCUCGGCGGCGUCUCCAUCUCGCAGAGCUUCGGCGGCGACUUCUUCCUGCACUGGCAGCUGCAGUGCCGCAAUCGUCCAGAUGCCCGGGAUGCCUACGAAUUCGUGCCCGACAGCGACAUCAUACUCCAGGCCAGGGCGGAUACUUGUCGUCUGCGCUACAACGAGUCCACGGUGCUCAAGCUCUACGGGAUUGCCAGGCACAUAGAGCCGCCGGGAGCGGUGCUAUUCAGCACCGAUGACCUGGAGGUCCAGCUGAAUCGCACACAACGACCGGCGGCCGCCGGCAAGAAAUCCCCCCUGAAGCAUCCCAAGCUGCUCAAGAAACUGCUGGCCGGGAAUCGUGAGCAACUGCUGCGCCAGGUGGCCGCCGUAGCGGGGAUGGGUACUGGGAUUGGUACCGCUACCAGUAGCGGCACAGAGAAGCCGGGCAGGCGUCCAAAACCCCACCACCGACACAAUCCGCUGAUGGAGCAGCAACUGCAGGAGCUGCUGCCCCAGGGAGCAGAGAACGAACUGCCCGGCUUCGGAAUGGGUGGUGGUUACCCCAAGGAGGCCUUCAAGGAGUUUAAGGACUAUGACAACCUGCCGCUGUCGCCGGAGAAUGCGAAUCCGCUGCGCCUGCCGGAGGAGUACGAGUUGGUGUACAACGACGAAGUGCCUCCGCUUCUGGAGCAGAGUGACCGGCCCAUCCACCUGCGGUCCAAGUACCCCAGUGCCGGCAGUCGGGAUGUGCGCAGCGGGUUCAUCGAGGCCGCCACCACCACCAGCACCAGCACCACCACCACCACCCAAAGGACGCCCAGCACCACCGGACAGCCGAUGUCCGCGCAGUCACCGCUGAGCCUGUGGGAUCUGGAGCUGGACAACGAGGCGCGGGAACAAGCUGCCGAUGCCCAGGCCCAGGAUGCCAACAAAAAGCAGAGGAGGCGUCGCAAAAGACGCGAAAGUGCUUCCGGAACCACGACUGCCGCUGGCGAGGAUUCCGCUGGGGCAGAGGAAUCCGCUGGCGCAGACUGGUACUUGGCUUCCAUCUCGUCCACCGGUGUCCUGCUCAAGGCGCUGGGAAACGCCAGCUCCUCGCUGGAUUUCGCCUUCGUUCUCAACAUCCGCGAAUCGGAGGCCUAUCCACCACUCUUCUCGCCCCAGGAUCUCAGCUGCGUCGAGGAGAAGAUCAGCGCCUAUAAGAGCUACACCAUUGACAACCUGCGCGUGUUGCGCAAACAGUUCCUGAAGCAGUGCCUCAGCGAGCGCCUGGUGGACGCGGAGCCCGCCCUGCCCAAGUUCGAGUCGCAGCUGGUGGUGACCCGCAUCGGGAUCACGUGCACCUGCCGCUCCCUGCGGCCUGGUGAGGUCUGCUCGGAGCUGGAUCCCGUGGACUCGCAGCGCUGGACGGAGUUCAUGGGGAACUCGGGUCAUGGCUUCUAUGCCAACCACUAAUCGCUAAUCGC